AAACGAAAAGUGGACGGUCUGACGGAUCAGAAAUCACUCCAACAUUUGACCAUAAUACCUGUCGAUUAUUAUGGAUUACCUUGAAGGGGCACCAUGUCCACCAAUCUUGCGGUGAAGAUAUUUCGCUGAAGGAGACGCUACAAAACCCAACGUUUGAACUGAACGACAAAAAUCAAAAGGACGAUUUUCCAGGACUAAGGACUAGCUGGCGAACCAUUGAAAUAAUCCAUCUUUCCGGUCUUUCAAUUCUUCGAAUUCGACUCCGAUACCAAUGGCACGCUCCCCAUUGUCUUAGGAUAGGCCUGGCGAUGGAUUAUCAGAAACACUUGUUCCCGAACUACCGGCUUUCACCCCUGUUGAGCUUCCUGAUACAAGCUCAACUCUAUACCCGCUUCAAAAAGCUAUCUAGUCCAAAAAGAGCCUCCUUGGAGCCCGACCUUCUCAAGGGCUCGUCUCCGAUAACGGAUUCUCACUUGGGCAAAUUGCCCGUUACACCUCGUCCCAUGGCGGGGAAUAUAACGUUCCACCCUCAGGAAGGCUGCGUUGAUGGAAGAGAUGUCUCCGAUCAAGAUACGAAUGUUAGGAUUUUACCACCAGAAAAGCAUAAACAUGGAGUUCGCCAGAAAACAACCGGUUAUUCCGAAUAUAAAAGUGGAGGAAGUUUUCAAGCGCACGAAGCUACAAGUGCUACGUCUCAAUAUAGUUUCGAUUUUGUAACUGGAGACAGUGGCGAAAAGGCCAGGAACCCCGACGAAAGUGGGAACAAUUCCGAGGGCGAAGAUGACGAGGGUAAUAAGAACCAAAACGCAAGCGGUUCAAGAGCCCAGUUCCCGGGCGAGCCAAACGGCAAUUCGCAUGUCUCUGUCAUAAGUGUGAUCCAUAAGUCUACCAUGGAGAUCGUGAUCGAAGGUACCUCGCGUCACCUCUCUCAGACCCACGGUGAAUACGUUUGCAGCGAAUGUUAUCGGACAUUUGAAAAUAGCCAGCUUCGACGGGAUCUUGCCCAAAGCCGUACUAUGAAGCUUCAUUGUUCUCAGGAGGAGAUAUGGGCUUCUAUGUGGCGGGAAAGAUUCAGAGGGGCGCCCCUACCCAAAUCCCCAUAUUGGGAGCCAUCGUCUCGACCCUUGUUACCUCGAUUGAAUACUUCUGUUGAAGGAUUUCCUGCGUCAUUGAGAGGUAAUUCAGGAUCUUCGAACACUUACAAUUCGUCUCCAUCUAACUCUGGAUUCAUGAAUAUAUCUCAAGUCUUCAAAUAUGCAGCCCUACGAAAUCGGCAAUUCCCCACUCAGCCCCAACUCGAACACACCGACAAGGGAAACGAUGUUAUCAUUGAGCGUCGAAAUUCAGCAAUUGAGGCGCCGUAA